AUGGCCUCUAGGCUCAUUGAUACUAUUGCUAAUCAAAAGAUUGACACCACAUGGUACGAUGCUCGUGCCACCUUCUAUGGCGACAUGAGGGGUGGUGAAACUAUGCAGGGAGCUUGCGGGUAUGGAAAUCUAUUCAAACAAGGUUAUGGGCUAGCAACAGCGGCGUUAAGUACAGCAUUAUUCAAUAAUGGUGGAGCCUGCGGAGCAUGCUUUGAGAUAAUGUGCGUGAACAAUGAACACAAUUGGUGUAUACCAAAUGCAGGCACAAUCAAAAUAACUGCCACAAAUUUCUGUCCUCCAAACUAUACAAAAACACAAGAUAUUUGGUGCAAUCCACCCCAACGCCAUUUUGAUUUAUCACUUUAUAUGUUCACCAAAAUGGCCCCUUACAGGGCUGGAGUCAUCCCGGUUCGCUACCGUAGGACGCUUUGCUACAAACAAGGUGGUCUACGGUUUGAACUCAAAGGGAAUCCUUAUUGGCUUCUUGUAUUGCUCUACAAUGUUGGUGGUGCAGGUGAUGUUGUGGAUGUUAAGAUUAAAGGCUCGUCUACUGGAUGGUUACAAAUGUCAAGGAAUUGGGGCCAGAAUUGGCAAGUUGGUACCUUUUUGGUGGGGCAAAGUUUGUCCUUUAGAGUCACUACUAGUGAUUGGAAGACCAUUGAAUUUGAUAAUGUUGUGCCGAGCUCUUGGCAGUUUGGACAAAACUUUGAAGGAAAAUAUAAUUUCUAA